UUGUGGGGGAAAAAACAGACCGGAAGUGGUGCUCUUGUCCUGGCUGGCCGAAAACUGGCGAAAAAGCAGUGACGGGGGAAACGUCCACUAUGGCCGAGACCCAUAGCUUACAGGACCUACAGCAGCCAGCUGUCUCCUCCAAGGUGUUUAUCCAGAGAGACUACAGCUCAGGAACCAUCUGCAGGUUCCAGACAAAGUUCCCCUCUGAGCUUGAGUCGAGGAUUGACAAGCAACAGUUUGAGGAGACCAUCCAGACUCUGAACAACCUGUAUGCAGAGGCAGAGAAACUUGGGGGGAAGUCUUACCUAGAGGGCUGCCUGGCCUGUCUCACUGCCUACACCAUCUUCCUCUGUAUGGAGACACACUAUGAAAAGGUGUUGAAGAAGAUAGCCAGGUAUAUUAAGGACCAGAAUGAGAAGACAUACGCUCCCCGGGGACUGCUGCUGACUGACCCCAUCGAGAGAGGUCUCAGGGUUGUAGAGAUUACCAUCUUUGAAGAUAGAAGCAUUGGCUCUGGAAGAUAAAGAGGCUCGGAGUAUGGAGUCUUUCAGGCUGAUGACUCUGACCAGACUCACCAUCAGUUUGGCAGCACAUUCAAAUUUCCCCUUCACCUGGAUGUAUAUAGUUUUGAUCUGAUCCUUUUCUCUGUUAUUUAUAAUUACUCCACUGUCUAUCUAUCCUUAUGUUUGUAAAAGUGUUUUCAUGUCUUUUUUUUUUUUUUAUAUACGUAUUACUCAGUGUCCAAAUCUUAUCCUAGUUGAUCAAGACCAUUAAUUAUAAAUAGUGCCAUUGUGUUGUAUGCCACUUUUUGAAUGUGGUAAUCAUAAGUGAUUUGAUUUGUCUGUUGUUUUGGAAAAAAAAAAAAAAAAAUCAUGAAAUCCAAUCAUGUGUAGUCGCCAAGAUGAAAUAUCAUAUACUGUUGGUUCUAAGGGA